AUGAUGUGGUUCAGGACGGCGAUUGUACUCCUCGCCUCUUGCGCCCUUCCCUCGUCGGCCGUCUUCGUUGAUGAGAUCGACCAUCUCGAUUUCCAUCAUGCCCUCCUCGGCACCCCAUCCCCACAAUCGACUUUCUUCCACCAGCCCUCAUCUUCGUCAAACGCGUCGUUAUUAUACACUCUUUCGGAGCGAUCGAUUAUAGGAGCAGUCAACCCGAGAGAUGGAGCAAUUGUGUGGAGACAGGACUUGACACAGCUUGGUUCGACGCAGGGCGUCGAGGGCUUUCUGCGUGCUAGCGAUGGAGAAGCUACAGUUGUUAGUGCGAUUGGCGACAAAGUCACUGCCUGGGGUGCGCCAGAUGGGAAAUUACACUGGGAAAAUAGACUACUUGGCGGAGUCGUGAAGGAUUUGGAAUUACUAGAGCUUGAAGAUGGGCGAACAAACAAUCAUGGUCGGGAUGUACUUGUUUUAUCUGAGGGUAAAGGGGGACUUGUUCAGCGGCUGGACGCAACGACCGGAACAGCCAAAUGGGAGUUCAAGGAUGAGAGCACCGACGUACCAUUUCAGGUAUCCUCUUCCGCAACAGAGGUGUUCUACAUCUCUCUCCAAUCGGCUCUCCUCAAGGGUUACAAGAUUAGAGUAACUUCCCUAGACUCGCAGACCGGAAAGCAAAAAGGCCAUCAUACACUUUCUUCCGAAAACGAUGUGUCCGGACCCGAGUCUGUGCUCCUAGUCGGCUCGAACACCGCUUCACCUUUCAUCGCAUGGGCUGAUAAGUCCAGCAAGACACUGAAAGUUAACAUUAUCGGAUCAAAGAAUGUUGUCAAUUUUGACAUCGAAAAUACGAGUAACGAAGAGAUUCGCGAUAUUAAGAUCUACGGACCGACAGGCCUGAACUGUCUUCCACAUUUCUUGGUCAGCUACGACACCGACUCCUCAUCAUGGGCUGAGGUCUACCAUAUCGAUCUACAGACUUCAUCAAUCUCACAAGCCUAUCGGCUACCGCGUACAUCUGGGAAGUCUGUUUUCGCAGUUAGUCACAGAGCUGCAAACGUCUUCUUUACUCGAAUUACCGAUACAGAAGUAUCUGUUUUCUCGUCGGCUUCGCAUGGAAUCUUGGGCAGAUGGCCAUUCACAAAGAGCGGACAUGGAAGUUCGAGCAGUGCCGUUGCAGAGGUUAUAAGCAAAGGUGACUCCGCUGCUGUACGCUUUGCGUAUGUAUUGGACUCAGGAGAUUGGCAACUGAACCGUAAUGGGGGACACGAAUGGACGAGACACGAAUCACUUUCAGGUGCUGUUGCUGCUGCAUGGGCUGAACCUAACGUCAGCGAGGAUCUCGUUCACGAACUGGAGUUGGAAGGUCAUGAAGAUGUUUUGAGUGCCUACAUUCAUCGGGUGAAGCGCCACGCUAGAGACCUGGAACACUUGCCAACUUGGCUACAAGAACUGCCACAACGCAUCUUUUCCAGCUUUUUGUCCGCCGAGGUCACUAACCUGGAUAGUUUUGGGGUGAAGAAAUUCGCCAUCGUGGCCACAGAGAAGGGAAGAGUCAUAGCUGUUGAUACCGGGAAUCACGGCUCCGUGUCCUGGAAUGUGAAAGUUGUCGACACUGCUGAUUGGAAGGUCAAAGCGAUUAAGACUGACUUGGGCGCUGUCACCAUCUAUGCCGAGGACGGAAGCACUGUUUCGCUUAAUGUUACCUCUGGCAGUAUCAUAUCUCAGAAAGCUUCUGGCGCACAUAUCCGUUCCGUUGCUCUAGUUCCCACUGAGAAGGGCGUAAACACGGUUGCCGUUGCAGUCGCAGAAGAUGGAACGCCUCUUGAACCCCUUCAGGAGGCAGGUUAUCUCGUGACUUUGAGUGAAGAUUAUAGAGUGCUUGGAUGGGAUCUGUCAAAUAAUAAAGUUCCUGUUUGGCAAUUCCUGCCACCUGCAGGAGAGCGAAUCAUCUCAGCAACCUCACGACCAGCGCACGAUCCUGUUGCAUCGAUUGGCAAAGUACUCGGAGAUCGCUCGGUUCUCUACAAAUAUCUCAACCCAAAUCUUGCUCUUAUUACCGCUAUUGGACCAAAUACGGCGACCUUUUACCUGCUUGAUUCGGUCACAGGCAAAGUGCUUCAUUCAAGCACGCACAAGGGUGUAGACAACACACAGCCCAUCACAUCAAUCAUCUCAGAGAACUGGUUCGCCUAUUCACUCUGGGCAGAUUUGACCGAUGAAUCAGAAUCCAAAGGCUAUCAACUCAUCGUCUCCGAGCUAUACGAAUCUGCUCUCCCCAACGACCGUGGCUCAUUAGGAACAGCAGGAAAUUACUCCAGUCUCGGUGGAACCAAUACUUACCCCAAACCCCAUGUCGUCUCACAAGCAUUCAUCAUUCCCGAACCCGUCUCCCACCUCGCCGUAACCCAAACACGACAGGGAAUCACAAUCCGACAACUCGUCUGUACCUUGCCAGCAUCUGACGCCAUCGUCGGUAUCCCACGCCACGUCCUCGACCCCCGUCGGCCGAUCGGCCGUGAUGCAACACCCGCCGAAAUCGAAGAAGGUCUCUUCAGAUACACUCCCAACCUCGAAUUCGACGGUCGCUGGUAUCUCACCCACUCUCGGGAUGUAGCCGGUAUCCGUGCCGUCAUCGUCUCUCCCACGUUACUCGAAAGUACAGGCCUAGUUUUUGCCUUUGGUGGUGAUGUAUUCGGUACUCGGGUUGCGCCGAGUCAGGCCUUUGAUAUUUUGGGCAGGAGUUUUGCCAAGUUGCAGCUUCUGGGGACAGUGGUUGCUCUUGCGGUUGGUGUAUGGUUUUUGGCUCCGAUGGCUCGGAGAAAGCAAAUCAACCUUAUCUGGAAGCGGUAG